AGUCAAUGAUUUUCUUUGUGGUUAUGUUACCCAUAAUCCCAGUUGUUGAGAAAACCCAGUUGUUCAGAAAAGAGCAGAAUCUGAAAACAUUUUAACAGCUUUAAAGUCUGAAAUUUUGUCAGCAUGAGCACAGGGGAGGAGUCAUUUCUUCUCAUUCUUAAUUCUUUCCUGUUAGAGUCAGAGAGCUGAGUUGGAUGAUGAGGUAGUUUUUGAAGUUUUGUUUAGCACUGAAAGGUAAUAAAAGUUGCUUAUUUUUCCUCGGCAAGUUACAAACAUACACUGCAAGUUGAAGGGAUACAUAGUUGGGGAAUAUCAAAUUUACAGGAAAAUCUACAGCUUUGACUCAAAUGGAUUCCACAAUCAGAGAGAAACUGGAGGAGCAGCUGGGCGAGUACAUCUUAGACACUCUCAAAUACACUGAAACUGUGAAGGAGUUUUGUGACGGAAAAUCUGAAUGGACCUCACAGAGAAAGACUGAGCUCGAUAAAAUGACAGGCAUCAAGGCCAAGGCUGAGGACAAGAACCAGACUUGGGGACAGUACAUAUGGAAAAGCCUGACAAAUGUUUCCAGUAGGCCAGAGCUGGAGAAGGAGCUAGAAGAAGUUCUUAACAACACUUUAGAAGGCCUGGAGAAACUCCAACAUUUCCUGGAUGCAGUGGAGAAGCUAGCAGUCACCUCACUGCAUGUCUUCAUGGAUGAUAGUUUCAAUUCCAUGUCAGUACCUUCAGUGAUCUUUGCAGCCAGAAUCAUGUCUCCACGCCUCAUCCACUUCAAGAGAGAUGCAAGAGCGUUCUUCCUGCCGAGUCUCAGCAAUGUAGAAGUCCUGGUCGUCCAGCUGGAGAAAUACAUCCGCAUCACUCAGCAGAUCGUUGAGAAGAUGGAGGAAGGCAGAUCCAGGAGUGUAUCUGGUUCUGGGGGUGUUCAUGAAUGGAAAAACAGGAACUUUUCACGAAACUUGAUUUUGAACAUGAGUGAGGAGUCUGCGCAGGAUCUGUAUGACCAUUUACUCCAGCUAACCAAAAUCAGGAUGGAUGAGUCAUUCAGGAUGAAUUUCCUAUUCAAUGUGAAGGCAGCAGACUUCAUUAAGCUAUUCACUGAGCGCCACACCAGAAUGUUUGAGUUCCUGUCUGAUUUAGAGAAGGCUGCGGUUCAGCUGGACAAGAUGAAGAAGGGCUCCAACAUCUCCACUGUGGCUGGCAGUUCAGUCAGUAUUGCAGGAGGUGUUUUGUCCAUCGUAGGUUUAGCUCUCGCUCCCGUCACUGCAGGCACAUCUUUGGCCCUCACACUCACAGGCGUUGGUCUCGGAGUCACCAGCGGCGUUAAUGGCAUUGUUACAGGCGUCACUGAAAUGGCAGUCAACAGUCAUCAAAUGAAAAAAGCCAACAACAUCUUCAUCAGGUUUAUGGAAGAUGUGCAGAAGAUCCAAGGUUAUAUGGAAGAAGUUGCCAGAGUUGAGGGUCCUAUAGCAAGUGUACAUGGAGUUACCGUAGCUUUUGUGAAACUGGCCGCUCGUGCUAGAGCAGUAGGCAAAGGUAUUGAUGCUAUAGUGGAUGGAGUUUCAGCUGUAAAAGUUCUCAGAAGUGAGGAGGUGAUUGCAAAGGCAGUUAAUAUGGGGCUUCAGGAAGCUAAUGCAGGUCGGAGCAUCCCAAAACUGGCUGCAGAUCUUCCUGACAUUGGGCAGCUGGCUAAAGGAACUCCUCUGGCCAUUUCAAAGUCAGCCAGGGCGGGGCUCGUUACUUUAAAUGCCCUCUUUAUUGGUGCAGAUAUUUUUUCCAUUGUUAACAGUGGCAUUAGUCUGACCAAAGGCAGCAAAAAUGAAGAAGCCCAGCUCAUUCACUCCAGAUCAGUUCUGUGGUGCAUAGAGGUGAAGGCAUGGGAGAAGAUCUAUAACCAUCUGUGUAAAGGAAUCACGGGGUUUUACAAGAAUCUAGAAAUUCUUGAACAGCCUCUCUACUUUUAAAGAACAAAUUUGACCAAAAUACUGACCUGGCAGUGAGGGUGAUUAUAUUUUUUAAGCAAUAAUUUAAUCUUAAAAUUAAUUCAGCUUAAACUGGUGAUUUUAGUAACAGUGUAUAACAGUAACAACUAACAAUAGCAGUGACAGAAAAAUAAUAAUAACAGAAAAUAAUAACGUAAAUCCCAAACAUAUGUAAUAAUUUUUAAAAAAUGUUUAAACAAAAAUAAAAGAGAAUGUACAAAAUUAAAGUAAUAUCAAACUAAUGCAAUUUUUAAAAAAAACUCAUAUAUAAAUUAUGUUAUAGAAAUCCGAUGCACACAUAGACAUGGUAAAAUGUUAUUUACAUGCAGUAGAGUUGGAAUUUGUUUAGCAUGAUGUCUAGAUUUAAAUUGUACAAAAAUAAAGCUAUACAGAGGCUUGGGCUGUGCCAAAGUAUCACUAAAAUUCCAGAGGCAAUUCUGCCUUCUAUAUUCUUGAAUGAAUAUUAAUUUUCCAUUAAAAUCUUUCGCAUUUAUAGACUUCAGGAAAAAAUUAUGUUUUCAAUGAAAGCAGAGUAAUGUGUAAUCAGAGCAUUUGUACAGUUUUAGAAAGUAAAAUUUGCAUUGUAUGUUUAAAAACAUUAUUAUUGUAUCAUAUUCAGGUUUCAUUUCGGUGAGUGAGUUAAAAUGUGUCAUGCCAGAGAUCAAAAUAAACUGAAUAAACAUGAUAAAAGACACAAAUUGUUAAUAAAUUAGUAAUAAUUGUACUGAAAUUCCUGAAAUGUUCCAUUUUUGGAAAUAAAAGCUUUACAUUAUAACAUUCUACUCCCCCACUUUCUAUAUUGUCUGAGCCUGUUUAAUUCCAUUUGAAUUCUAUACUCAUUAAUUCACUUUUAAAAUGUUCUCUCAUAUUUGAUUUUAAUACAGUGUCCUCCACUAAUAUUGGCACCCUUGGUAAAUAAGAGCAAAAAAAGGCUGUGAAGAAUUGGCUUUAUUGUUUAACCUUUUGAGCUUUUGUUUAAAAAACCACAAAAAUUCUCUGCUCUCAUACAUAUCAAAUUAAAAAAAAAAAAAAACCCACAGGUUUAUCCCCAAAAAUAUCUUUGUCUUGAAAGACAAAUGAGUCCUUCAUUACAGAAGACUUCACCUCACACCAUUGAACCAGUUGAGGUGCAUAACCUUCAGACAACUGACCUCCCAAGGCCAGUUGCUUGGCAUCCAUGAACAGCAGAUUCCAUAAGUGUCAUCGAGGAAAUUCUCCAAAAUGGUAGAGGGGACCAACAAGCAGCAACCACACCACAUCCAGGCUCCCAUGUGAGUAACGCAACCACUUCCGCUGACCCAGAAGUGAUUCCUCAAAAAAAUAUGAUGGUUCUUCAGGCAAAUGCAAAAAGGUUUCCUAAUGUAAUAUGAGUUUCUCUUUGUUAGUGCUCUUGUGUAUUUUUCCAGAGAUUUAUAUAAAAUCUGACAGGUGCUAAGCAAAGCUGACAUGUUUAACUCCAUGCUGAUGUAUCAAACCUAUGCAAAUUUUGAACAAGAAUAAUGUAAAGCAUUCAAUCACCUGGAAACGGGAAGUGAUAGAGAGAGACUGUUGACACUGAAACCAUGUAAACAGUCUCCUAAUGAUUUUGCAUUUCCUACUUUGGUUGCAGUGAGCCGGUGGAAUGAAACAGUGUUGAAAACCGUGUUUCCAAAAGGCCUCAGUGACACCAUUAAUUUUGCGGUAUAAUUUUUUUACAUUGUAUUUUUCACUUUUUUCACUUAUUUUUCACCCCUUCUCUCGCAUUUUUCAUUUUCUCAAAGAAUGCUUUUAUUUUUUAGUUUAAAGAUAGAAAGCAGAGGCCAUCACUGUCAAAUCUGCCUAAAAUAAUCUCCACAAAGCUUUGACUAAGGUAAACAAUGGCACCAUGGCAAACAUUCAGAUUGUUCAGUGUGUUGAGUGCAGGAUUUUUUGUUAUUCUUCCUCUGUUGUUAGUACUUGUGCUAAGUGUAUUGUUGGCUCAAAUUUAGCCUAUUACCCAAAAACAUUUAAAAUUCAACUUAGAAGCCAAUACUCACAUCUACCUCUGAGACCAGUUGGAGAUAGAAAAAAUACACCAGCCAUGAGUGAGAAGAAGCAAGGGUCCAGCUUUAUUGUUCCAUUCCACCACACGAGAGCCACACCGAUGAGAAUUCUCAGAAGUGAUCCCAAUACCCUGAGCUUAAGCUCCAGUAUUUAUACUGUAUUUACACACUAAAUAACCCAUAUGUUUCAAGAAGACUAUGAUCUCACUACCAAUAGGGUUAAAAAAGAGCUCAUUUACCUUACUCUUAUGUUCCAGAAAAGGGCUAUUUCACUUACACAUAGAAUUGAAACCAGGGGUUUUAAUUUACACAUAAAAUCAGAACCCAGGCAUUUCUAAUAACCCAGAAAAUAAAAACCCAGAGUUUCUAGUUACUCAGAGGAUCAGAAACCAGAAUUUUCAGUUACCUUAGGGCAUCAGAAACCAGAAUUUUCAGUUACCUUAGGGCAUCAGAAACUUCACUUUUCAAUUACCCAGAGGAUAGAACGUGGACAAGACUAAACAACCUAGAGGGACCUUGGUCUUAUCGUUAUCUCGAGGGGGGCAGUUUGACCCAGCCACCCUUAUAACUGGCUCUCUUCAUGGUUCUCUUAAAAUUAAGGCCUUCCUUGCGAGACGAGAAUCUUCACCAUCUGAAUCAUGAGUAAGUUAUAUUUUCCUGUAUUUCUAGUUUUUAUUUUCAGAUUUACUCUAUAUCUCUUAUUAUAUAUGCUGCUUGAAAAACCGGUUUACUGUACUUCCUACUUCUUAAUAAAAUUUUUAUAAAAAGUAUAUAUAUAUAUAUACCUUUUAUUAUAAGACAUUACCCUUAUAAUAUCUUAAUAUUCCUUUUUAUUAUUCUUAUAAAGUUAUAAUAGUAUGUGUGAGAGAGAUGGUGUGUGUGUGUGUUAUGUCUACUUGCCCGCCCUUGACUGUACGAGG